AUAUUUCGUCUUCUGACACGCGACGAGAUUUAGUUAAAAGUAAUACGUAUAUAUGUAUUUUGUUAAAAGAAAAUGUGGUUACGUUUCGGAACAUAGUUAUUCUGUAUGAUUAUACAUCGUGUUUAAUGACAUAACAAAGAGAAUUAUUUUAUUUUUAAAUGAAACAUUUACUCGACGUUCUUUUUGUACUAAUAGUAAAGUAUAAGUCCUUGUAUCAAUAUCUUUAGUACAUCGCAAUAAUGAUUACAAACGUGUACCCAGAAUGGGCUUCUUACAAUAUAGGAAUAUUUGUCUGCACAAGGUGUGCCGGAGUACAUAGGUCUAUGGGUGCACAUAUUUCCAAAGUGAAACAUCUCAAACUAGAUAGAUGGGAAGACUCUCAAGUAAAUAGGAUACGUGAAGUAGGUAAUAUAACUGCAAGACUACAUUAUGAAGAACGUGUACCACCUUGUUAUCGUAAACCAAAUCCAGAUGCUCCUCAAGUUUUGGUAGAACAAUGGAUACGAGCUAAAUAUGAGAGAGAAGAAUUUUGUCAUCCAGAAAGACAGAAUUAUGUAUCAGGGUUUAUGGAAGGAUUUUUAAUGAAGCGUGGAAAAGAAGAUUCACGAUAUCAUCCUCGUAAAUUUGUUCUUUGUGAAGCUGAGGAUACUUUGAAGUAUCAUGUUAAAGAAAAUAAGGAACCAAAAGCUAUACUUAGGAUAUCAGAAUUAAAUGUAGCCUUUGCUCCAUCUAAAACUGGUAACCAAAAUAGUCUUCAAAUAUCUUUUAUGAAAGAUGGCACUACGAGACAUAUCUAUGUGUAUCAUGAAGAUCCAGAAGUAAUUACAAAUUGGUAUUUAGCUAUAAGAUGUGCAAAAUUACAUCGUUUGCAAGUUGCAUAUCCUGGUGCAACUGAGGCUGAAUUAUUAUCACAACUUACAAGAGAUUUUCCACGAGAAGGAUUCCUGUGGAAAACAGGUCCUAGACACAGUGAUGCUUAUAAAAAGAGAUGGUUUACAUUAGAUGGAAGGAAACUUAUGUAUCAUGAUGAUCCUAUGGAUGCACAUCCAAAAGGUGAAAUUUUCUUGGGUCACAGUUCAGAAGGUUUUGCAGUUAAAACAGGAGUUCCACCAGGUGCUAGAAAUCAAGGUUUCUCUUUUACUCUUGAAACACCUGAUAGAAGUUAUCUCUUGUCUGCUCAAAAUGAUGAUGAUAGAACACAGUGGAUGAAUGUAAUACAGAAGGUAAUAGAUAAACCACUUACUCCACAAGAUGCAACUGUAGCAGCACGUCUUGUAAGAAAACGCACAGCAAGUGGAACAAUGAAUAUAUUUUCUUCUGCAAGGUAGGGCUGGAUCCCUCUUAGGCAUUUUUCUUAAUAUUAUCAUAUAUUGAUUAGACAAACCAAUUGAAUGAUUAAAAUAAUAAAAGUAAGUUUAGGAAAUCUGUUUCUCGAUAUGCCUAGCAAAUCAAUAACAUUUUGUAGAUACAUAUUGUCGUUGAAUCACAUAUAUUUAUAUAUCAUUGCACGCUACGUUGCUUACAUCAUAUACAUAAGACUGGUCAAUGGAAUUUAAUGCAAAUAUAGUAUAGGAAUAAUUUUUUCUUUAAAACGAAUUUUUAACUGACAAUAUUUGUGAUGUGCUGUCAAAAGGAACAGGCAGUAUUAUACAUAUAUAGUUAAAAGCUUUUACUUGGCAAUAGUAUCUUUGUGAUAUUCCAUUAUAUUUAUCAGAAAAAACGUAUAAAUGAUUAGUAUACAUUAUUUAUAUUUUGGUAUAAAUGCUUUAGAUGAAUAAAUUACUCUACAUAACUUUUGUUUCUUCUGAAUAUAAU